AUGGCACCCAAGAAGAAGAACAAUAAGAAGGCCGAUGAUUGGGAGUCGGAAUUAGGGGAUGCACCCAAAGAUGCAGCCGCUCCAGAGACAAAGGAUGAUGCUCCGGCUGAGGCAGACGCGGAGGAGGAGUUCCCCGCGGGCGGAUUAAUGGCUAUGUUGCGGAAGAAGCAGAAGAAGAAGAAGGGCAAGCAAGCAGAAGAUUUUGUCGAAGGCGAAGAUCCACCUGGCGCAGAAGAAUCCGAUCUCACCGAGAAGGCACCCGUUGAGGCGUCGAUAGACGACGAGUUCGCGCUACCAGAUAAGAAGGGCAAGGGCAAGAACGCGCCUGCAAAGCUCGCGAAUGAUGAAGGCGAGGAUGACGAGAGGGGUGCUGAUGGAAAGGUUCUUACGAAGGCUCAGAAGGAGAAAUUAAAGAAGGAGCGUGAGAAGCAACGAAAAAAGGAGAAUGCCGCGAAGAAAAAGACUACAGCUCCAACUAAAGCCCCCGAGGCCGCAAAGCCAGUCGCAGAUACCAAAGUCGAAGAAACCGCCUCCAAGCCCGCAGCUGGUGGCAAAGGCAAGAAGUUACCUCCAGCCCUUGCAAAGCUCCAGGCACAACAAGAAGAGCUCAAGCGAAGAGAAGCAGAGAAGGCAAGAAUUGCGGCUGAGGAAAAGGCGCGGAUUGAAGAAGAGGAGCGGAGGGAGGCUGAAGAGUUGAAGCAGAGGGAGGAGGCUAAGGUCUUGAAAAGGCAGAAGGAGAAGGAGAAGAUCGAGCAACAGAAGAAAGAUGGCACAUACCUGACCAAGGCCCAGCGAGAAGAGAAGCUUAAGAAUGAGAUGAAGCUGAAGCAAAUGAUUGCUGCUGGAGUUAAAGUCGGAUCGAAUGAAAGCGGAGAAAAGAAGAAACCUGUUUAUGACAACAGAAAAAAGAAAGGCGGUAGGAAGAACCCAGAAGAGAUAAAGGCUGAGGAGGAGAGAGCCCUUGCAGAAGCUGCCGAACGGUCACGACAAGAAGCCGAAAAAAUUGCCGCUGAGGCCAAAGUAAAGGCCGAUAAAGCAGCCGCUGAAGCAGCAGCCGCCAAGGAGGCACAGGAUGAUAGCGACCUAGAAGACUGGGAGGUUGCCGCUGCCGAGAGCGAAGACGACUUGAAGGAGAGCUGGGAUGCCGACUCGGAUGAGGAAAGAGAGAAGGCUGCUGCUAAGAAGGCUUCUGCAGAGAAUGGCAAAGCAGGAAGCAAGUCGUUACCCAUCCGAGACAACGUGGAAGAGGAUUCUGAAUCUGAGUCAGAGUCAGAAGAAUCGUCAGAAGAUGAAGAGGCCACCGCUGCCCAAGCCGCUGCAGCUCAAAGGAAGAAAGAGGCAUUGGACCGACGCGAAAAGGCGCACGAAGCAGCUAUGGCUGCUCGAUCAGCGGAUAAUUUGCGUUCGCCCAUCUGCUGUAUUCUUGGCCACGUCGAUACCGGAAAGACUAAGCUGUUGGACAAAAUCCGACAAACAAAUGUACAGGAAGGAGAAGCUGGAGGUAUCACCCAACAAAUUGGUGCUACGUACUUCCCAGUCGAUGCUAUCAGACAGAAAACUGCAGUCAUCAACAAAGACAACAGCUUUGAUUUCAAGGUCCCUGGUUUACUGGUCAUAGAUACCCCUGGUCACGAAUCUUUCUCGAAUCUGCGGUCUCGAGGUUCUUCCCUAUGUAAUAUUGCCAUUCUUGUGGUUGAUAUUAUGCACGGACUGGAACCUCAAACUCUGGAGUCUAUGAAGCUGCUUCGAGACAGAAAGACACCCUUCAUUGUCGCAUUAAACAAGAUCGAUCGUCUCUACGGAUGGAAGAAAGUGGAAAAUAACGGCUUCCAAGAGAGUCUGGCUUUACAGAACAAGGGCGUGCAGAACGAGUUUGCUAAGCGAUUGGACGAUACCAAGGUCGCCUUUGCUGAGCAAGGAUUCAACUCCGAGCUUUACUAUGAGAACAAAUCAAUGGCCAAGUUCGUGUCUUUAGUGCCCACAUCAGCUCAUACUGGAGAGGGUAUUCCAGACAUGCUCAAGCUCAUCCUCCAAUUGACACAGGAGAGAAUGGUUGGAUCACUAAUGUAUCUUUCCGAGGUCCAAUGCACAGUCUUAGAAGUUAAGGCUAUUGAAGGUUUCGGUAUGACAAUUGAUGUCAUCCUCUCAAAUGGUAUUCUGCGAGAAGGUGACAAAAUCUGUCUAUGCGGAGUUGACGGUGCGAUUACAACCAACGUCCGAGCAUUGUUGACUCCAGCGCCUUUGAAGGAGCUGCGUCUGAAAUCUGCAUACGUGCAUAACAAAGAGGUCAAGGCCGCCCUUGGUGUCAAGAUCAGUGCUCCAGGCCUUGAAGGUGCAAUUGCAGGUUCAAGGUUGAUGGUCAUUGGUCCUGACGAUGACCAAUCUGACAUCGAAGAUGAAAUUGAGGCUGAUCUUGGUGCUCUCUUCAGCCGAGUGGAGAAGUCAGGACGUGGUGUUACAGUUCAGGCCUCGACUCUUGGAUCCUUGGAAGCUCUUUUGGAUUUCUUGAAAUCUUCAAAGAUUCCUGUGGCAAAUGUAGGAAUUGGCCCAGUCUACAAGAGAGAUGUCAUGAACUGCGGUACCAUGCUCGAGAAGAACAAAGAGUAUGCAGUCAUGCUUUGCUUCGACGUCAAGAUCGACAAGGAAGCACAAGCGUACGCAGACGACCAGGGCAUUAAGAUCUUCACUGCGGAUAUCAUCUACCAUCUGUUCGACGCCUUCACCAAGCAUAUGUCUAUCAUUGCUGAGAAGAAGAAAGAGGAGUCCAAGCUUCUUGCCGUCUUCCCUUGCGUCUUGAGUCCCGUCGCCGUGUUCAAUAAGACCGGUCCAAUUGUCGUGGGUGUCGAUGUCGUCGAGGGAAAUCUCAGAAUGCACACACCUAUCGCAGCAGUAAAGCAAAACUCAGUCACUGGCGUUAAGGAGAUCAUCAAUAUAGGCAGAGUUACCGGUAUCGAGCGUGACCACAAGCAAAUCCAAAUCUGCAAAAAAGGCCAGCCAUCCGUUGCUGUUAAGAUCGAAAUGGGCAACCACCAGCCUACCUAUGGCCGUCACCUCGAGGAGAAAGACACGUUAUAUUCGCUGAUUAGCAGGGCUAGUAUUGAUACUCUUAAGGAGUUCUAUCGACCCGAUGUCAGCAAUGAUGAGUGGCUUCUGAUCAAAAAACUAAAGCCUCUGUUUGAUAUCCCUUGA